AUGGGAGCAGGACUCCUGGUGCUGCUGGCCCUGCUGCCCCUCGGCCUUCUGGGUAAACCGUGGGCGGAGGGCGGCGAGGACGAGACGGCGGCGGGAGCAUCGUCCCUGCGGCGGCGAGUGAAACGGGGCUGGGUCUGGAACCAGUUCUUCGUGUUGGAGGAGUACACCGGGCUGGAGCCGCUCUACAUCGGCAAACUUCACUCGGACAUGGACAAAGGCGACGGCUCCAUCCUUUACAUCCUGACCGGAGAAGGCGCCGGCACCACCUUCACCAUCGACGACAGCACGGGCGACAUCCACGCCAUCCAGCGCCUCGACCGCGAGUUCAAGUCCCAGUACCUGCUGCGCGCCCAGGCCCGCAGCCGUGUGACGCAGCAGCCCGUGGAGCCCGAGUCCGAGUUCAUCGUCAAGAUUCAGGACAUCAACGACAACGAGCCGCGCUUCGUGGACGGGCCGUACAGCGCCAGCGUCCCCGAGAUGUCCACCAUCGGUACGUCCGUGAUCCAGGUGACGGCCACAGACGCAGACGACCCCACGUACGGGAACAGCGCUCGGGUCGUCUACAGCGUGUUAGAGGGACAACCGUACUUCUCUGUGGACGCCAAGACCGGUGUGGUGCGCGUGUCUCUGGCCGACAUGGACCGUGAGACCAGAGAAAACUACACUGUGGUGAUCCAGGCCAAGGACAUGGGGGGGCAGCUGGGGGGACUCGCGGGGACGACGACCGUGGACGUCAGCCUCAGCGACAUCAACGACAACCCCCCCGUGUUUGACCAGAGGCUGUACCAGAUGUCUGCGCCCGAGUCGGCUCCUCUGGGCACCGCGGUGGGCAGGAUCUGGGCGAGGGACCGGGACGUGGGGGUGAACGCCCACAUGAGCUACUCCAUCGUGGACGGAGACGGAAGAGACACGUUCGACAUCAGCACCGACCCCAGCAAGGCGUUCGGGAUCAUCACGGUCAAGAGGCCGCUGGACUUCGAGUCGAAGCGCAGUUACACUCUGAAGGUGCAGGGGGCCAACACAGAGCGGGGCCCCGGGCACAGCGGCGCUCUUUUUACGGACGUCACCAUCGUUCACGUGAGCGUGGAGGACGUGGACGAGCCGCCGGUGUUCCAGCUCAGCUCGUACGUCCUGGAGCUGCCCGAGGACGCGGAGAUCGGGACUGUGAUCCAGAGCAUACAGGCCCGAGACCCCGACGCUGCCAACAACACGGUCAGGUACUCCAUAGACAAAGGCAGUGACCUGGAGAAGUUCUUCUACAUCGACCUGACCACAGGAGCCCUGAUGACCGUGAGAGCCCUGGACCGGGAGAAGGUCGAAUGGCACAACAUCACCGUGCUCGCCAUGGAGAUGAAUAACCCGUCUCAGAUCUCCAGCGUCCCUGUGGCCAUCAGGCUCCUGGACGUGAACGACAACCCUCCCAGUUUAAGCCACUACCUGGAGACCUUCAUGUGCGACAACGCCAAGGCCGGACAGCUGAUCCAGUCAGUGACGGCUCUGGACCCGGACGAGCCACAGGGAGGACAUCGAUUCUACUACAGUCUGUCUCCACAGGGUCAAACUAACCCCAACUUCACCCUGCGCGACAAUCAAGAUAACUCGGCGUGGAUUUUGACGCGGCGUAGCGGUUGGGCUCUCAGGGACCAGACGGCGUUCUUUUUGCCCAUCUCGGUCAGGGACGGGGAGGAGCCGGCUCAGACCAGCACCACCACUCUGACCAUCCGCGUGUGCAGCUGCGACCACCAGGGGGAGGUGCUGUCCUGUAACGCAGAGGCCUACACGCUGCCCGCCAACCUGAGCCGCGGCGCGCUCAUCGCCAUCCUCGCCUGCAUAUUCGUACUGCUCAUCCUGAUCCUCCUGAUGUUGUCUCUGCGCUCUCAACGUAAGAAGCCGUACCUCAUGGACCAAGAGGAGAACGUCCACGAAAACAUCGUCCGCUACGACGACGAGGGCGGCGGCGAAGAAGACACCGAGGCCUUCGACAUCGCCGCCAUGUGGAACCCGAGGGAAGUGCACCCUCACGCCAAACUGCGCCAGGACAUGCUCCCGGAGAUCCAGAGCCUGUCCCGCUACGUCCCCCAGGCCCGCGUCGUCGGCCCCACCUCCUCUCCCGACGGGAACGUGCACGGAUACGUCCUGGCGAAGCUGAUCGAGGCGGACGUGGACCCGUGCGCGCCGCCGUACGACUCUCUGCAGACUUACGCGUACGAAGGCGAGGGCUCGGUGGCGGAGUCGCUGAGCUCGCUGCAGUCCGGGGUGUCGAACGCGGAUCACGAGUACGACUACCUGAACGACUGGGGGCCGCGGUUUAAAAAGCUGGCGGAGAUGUACGGCGUGUUGGAGACGCAAAGCAGCUCCCCCGUGUGGUAG